AUGGCCAACGAAUACUAUGCUGUGAUUUUAGAGAUAUCGGCCCAAGAAAUCAAUAUUGGUUUUGCCGGAGAAGCCGCUCCCUCAAUUUCAAUACGGCCCGGCCUGCCGAUCUGGAAUCGCUACCAACCACCAUGUAAAGAGACAUAUCCACGCUACUUCCAGCUUCAAUCCCAUUCCAUAACUCAAGAACAAAAGGAGGAGAUUCUCCUUUCAUUGAAAGACGAUAAUGAAUCACAUCGGUCGCUCAAUGCGUACCAGGAAGCUCAGCGUAAAGGGGAGUUCGCUUUCUGGGAACAGGAUGGAUACGAAUCCCUAAGUCGCCUUUUGAAGCACAUUGUCACAAAACAGCUCAUGGUUACUCCUCGGUACGUCAAGAUCAUGAUCCUAGACGACGACAGUUCGGCGUUGGAUAAGUUCCAGCUAUGCAGUGCUCUACUAGGGCCCCUAGGGUGUGCUACUUCUGUGUUCUUCAUACCGCGUGCUCCGUGUAUAUCUAUGGCCGCCAGCGUGGAGGAUUCACUUGUUGUUGAUUUCGGCUGGCUGGAGUGUCGUGUGAGUGCACUUAGUGAACUUAGGGUUGUGAAACAUACGGUCACUGAGACCUACUCGGAAGAGACGAUCCGUUUUAAGGGAGCUGAGAGCGACAAUAAUGCUGAAAACGCCGCUUCAAAGGACUUUGCAAAGUUCGCUGGUUUGCCGAAGUUGUUGGCAAAGCUGGUCGGGGAAUUAGCUGUAGAUGUGAGACCCCAGGUUCUCCAAAACCUUGUGUUCUUUGGCGACAUCGCCAGCAUCGAUCUCCAGAGACACGUUGUGAAAGAAACGCAAAAAGAGUUCCCCAAACUCACCGUCUCCGGAAAGUACUGCCUCGGAGCUUGGGCUGGUGCAUCGAUCUACUGCUCUACGUCGUUUCUCAAACAUGACAUGAACGCAUUGAGACACAAGGAAGUGACUAUGGAGAAGCUCCGCACGGGGAAGUGGAAGGACGUCUUCUUGGGAAGCUAG